AUGCUAGCUCGACUUGGCAAAAGACUACUCCACACCUCCCGCCCCAUCAGCAAAAACAUAACAACGCGAGCAGAAAUCACUCAACUACUAAACACACCAACAUGGUCAAUCAAACACUACUUCAGAAACGUGCCCCGCACAAGCCCCAUCUCGACGGAAGCAGCACGGGAAAUCUUUGAAAAAAUGAUGAAGCUUUCAGGUUUGAACCCCUUGCAGCUGUACAGUGACCCCAAGCUGCAACAAUUGAUCCAGUCGCUCAAGUUGCAGAUGAUGUUCAUCAGACACUUGUAUGAAGAUGACUGUGCUGCUGAAGAUGACAUUGACCGCGAUGACCGCGAUGAUGCUCCGGAUGAAGUCGGGGCAAGUGAGAGCCAAUUGAGUAAUGGUGGAAAAGGCGUGGGAAAUGAUGUAGAUGAUGACAUGAUGCGGAGUGAAGGUGGUGGCAACGACGUGGUGUUUCGGUUGAUUGCGAGCGACCAUUUGCCUCCUGCGCCGUUGCUGCUUGCGCAGUUGUUGGCGAUGGUUGACGCGGUUGGCGAGGGCGUUGAUGCUGAAAAGGGGGAAAUUGGCUUUUGUUUGGACGAUUUGAAACGGUGA